AUGGCUGAAAAUAGUCUCGUUGCGGAAUUCAACGCGGUUAAUAUCGACGAUCCUGAGUGUGAAGAGUUUGUAUUCUCAUUGGCAACUGAAGAACUGAUGGCGUUCAACGUGAAAAUGGACAGCGAGAUCAGCUCAAUGAAGCAAGCUAUCAUCGAAUGUGAACAGCGUGCUGCAAAGUUAAAAAACAUGCUGGAUAAAAACACUGCAUUUCUGAAACGGAAUCGUAAGCUGCCCUAUCUUGUGGCGAACGUACUGGAGGUGCUGGAUAUGGAUCCACUGGAGGAUGAGAAGAAACAUGUGGACGGCAUGGUGUUGCAGGAUUCACAACGAAAGUGCAAGAGUGCGGUGAUCAAAACCACCACACGGCAAAUCAUCUACCUGCCCUUGGUGGGCAUCGUGGAUGCGGAUAAAUUGAUCCCAGGAGAUUUGGUUGGGGUUAACCGGGAUACUUUCUUGAUUAUGGAGGUCCUACCGAUGGAGCGUGACCCGCGUGUUCAGGCGAUGCAGGUGACCGUACGUCCAACGGAGCAGUACACGGAUAUUGGAGGAUUGGACAACCAAAUAAAGGAAUUGAUCGAAGCGAUCGUGCUGCCUCUGACGCACAAGGACAAGUUCAUACGUUUGGGCAUUCGGCCCCCGAAGGGUGUGCUGAUGUAUGGACCUCCCGGGACUGGGAAAACACUGCUAGCGCGUGCUUGUGCCGCGCAAACGCGUGCCAACUUUAUAAAGCUCGCCGGUCCACAGCUGGUACAGAUGUGCAUCGGUGAUGGCGCCAAGCUCGUGCGGGACGCGUUCGCCCUGGCGAAGGAAAAGGCGCCAACUAUCAUCUUCAUCGACGAGCUGGAUGCGAUCGGUACGAAGCGUUUCGACUCGUGCAAGUCCGGCGAUCGGGAGGUUCAGCGCACGAUGCUUGAGCUGCUGAAUCAGAUGGAUGGGUUCGGAUCGACGGACGAGAUAAAGGUGAUUGGGGCGACCAACCGGGUUGACAUACUCGAUCCGGCCCUGCUGCGUUCCGGGCGUCUUGAUAGGAAAAUCGAGUUUCCACACCCGAACGAUGAAGCACGGGCCCGUAUCAUGCAGAUUCAUUCGCGCAAGAUGAAUGUCAGUGCCGAUGUCAACUUUGAGCAGAUUGCCCGUUGCAUGGAUGAUUUCAAUGGGGCACAGUGUAAGGCGGUUUGCAUGGAGGCCGGUAUGUUUGCGAUGAAACGGUCGGCGUUCGAGGUUGAGCACGAAGACUUCUUGGAGGCAAUCAUUGAAGUGCAAGCGAAGAAGAAAGUUAAUUUGAACUAUUUUACAUAG